CUCUGUCUACAAUUAGCUUCGACCUGUACAGGGUGUACACGUACCAGUUCCUAGACCUGGAGACACAUUAUUUCUAUGAAGGAAUAACGAAACUUGUUCACAUGAUGUUUUUGAGUUUUGGAGGAAUACGCAUAUCCAAGCACCUUACCAGUCAGAACGGCACGGUCGUUGCUCGACAGAUUGACUGUGCAGCUCGAGCAAUCCACAAUUAUGGUGUCUUGCACAAGGAUCUUGAGCCCCGCAACAUACUAUGGAAUGAUGAACGUAGCUAAGUCAUGCUGAUUGACUUUGAACGGGCGGAAAUCGUCAAGUCACGGAGGGUGCUGGGUGAUAUCUCCCCAAAUCGAAAGAGAAAGCGAUCACUUGAUGCAAUCAUGGUUAAGAGAGGCGAGGAAAAGAUGUCCGUGUUUGCACGGGAACGACGACGGGCGCUUAAUGGAUUGCGAGCGUUGACUAUUGUGGCCGGAAGCUCUAUUACAGCUAACCUGGUUGAAGGCCGCAUCAAGCCCCAAAGCACGUGUUUGCCCUUUCGAGAAGUUGCUUAUCAGGCUUGGGCUCAUUCAGGGCAGAAGUGUCUUGUUUGAUCGCGUUUACUCUAGCAAGACGUUGGCAGUGAUUGGUAUUGUAGGGAAGUAUCGGAGAUGUCCUGCCUCAACUCUUCAAGUAUGGGGAGCACUCGAUGCAAGGCAUCUAAAUGGCGGUGACGCACUGUUACAUAGCCUUCAGCAGCCUUCA